AUGUCGAAAGAGUCGAAGAAUAAGAGGAAAGCAGAGAAGAAGGCUACCGAGAAGGCUGCUUCUGAGGCUGAAGCGUGGAAGUCAUCCUCCAAGACCGUACUUGGCCGCCUUACCUAUCGUCUCAAAAAUCUUCCCGACCUCCAGAUCAUUCGAGUAGAGUUCUGGUCCUCGCAAUCUCUCGAUGGAAAUCGCGAGGUACAUACUCCCGAUGAAUAUGUUAAGAUAUACAGCCGUAAGCACCAAGAACCCGCCUGGAAGGAGCUUUUCGAAACUGUUUUUCUGGAUUACAAGGAUAUUGCUGCCAUCAACAAGAAGCCGAUACGGAACAUCAGCUUGGGACGAUAUCCUCUCCAGACCAAAUAUCCUAGGAAUGACAAGCUUGGUCUGCCCGAGGGGCCGAUGGAAUGUCGAGUUACUGGUGUCUUUUUGCUGACUAGCAACAACGACAAAGAUCGCAAGCUCUACUGCAAGUCUCUUGAUCUACUAUUACAGAGCCGCCACGCGAUUAUGGCCCAAGAUGACAAAAAACUUCCUAUGAGUUUGGAGUUUUUCAUAAACAGUCCAGGCUCCGAGACCGCGCCCCCAGGAUUGAAGACAGCAUCCAUAACGCCGUUGAUUGAAGGAUACACACACAAUUCAAGCAGUGGUUCGCAGCAGAUCAAGGAGAGCCUGUACCCGCUAUACAUACGAAGCCGUCUGUCAAUCAAUGCUGAAGAGAAAUUGCUGCACAUGGUAUUUGAUCUGACCUGUGCUCUUCCAACUACCCGUGGAAAUGUCUACGAAAUACUUCUGGAUGUGUUCGGGGGUCACAUGAACGCAGAGAGCAUCGGACGCCUGCAACCCAUUAUCAGGGACCUUCUGGUCGGUCUUCAAGUUCAGCGCAACUAUGAGCAUACGAAACCAAAAACCACAAGUGAAAGCAGGAACACAUGGUCCGAACCGUUCCUGAUCCGUGAGAUCUUGUUUGCCAAAGAAGUUAGGGAGAAAAUUAAGGAUUCCGAUGGAGAGGAAAACGAUGUCUAUGGCUAUUUCAAGAAACAUUACAAUCAAGACAGAGAUAUCGAACACCAGUACCUUCCUCUCAUAGGCGAUGGACGCGGCUCCUACUUCCCGAUGACCAAAGUCAAACUUCCUGAAGUGGUACAGGUUUUCCCUAAAAGCGCUGACGUUAUUUCCCAAGCUCUCCGAAAUAAGAUACGUGACCUCGAAGUCCUCGAAAUGGGUCGCCAGAAAACCAUGGAAUCAAUGGGUAAACAAUUCUGGCGUUUUGUGACGAAGCGACAACAAUAUGCCGAUAUCACAAAGCGAAUCGAUCAGACCGCAAGAAAAACAGUAAUACCUCAGCAACGGCCCAACCCGGCACUCGAACAAAUCGAUCAGUCUGGAACAGAAGAUGAACCAAACGAGCUGCUCGAAAAAACCGGAGAGGAAGAAAACCAGUGGGUUGGUAACGACCUCUGGAACCUGGCGCUCUGA